GCUCCACACCCACCAUCCCAUUCAGUUUGCCUCUCUUCUUCUCUUCAAGUCCCAGCCACAAGGCUUGGACUCUUGGAGGGAAGAAGACAAGCUUAGCCAAAGAACAAACGCCGCCGGCACGCACGCAGAGAUGGCGAUCUGCAGCGCGCACACUACCACCACCUCCCUGCACUCCCCAUGCACGACCACCGUCUCCAACGCAGCUGGCUUCAGACAGAGGCAAGUCAUUUUCUUCACCAGCAGCAGCAACCGUAGGAGCUGCGGCGGCGGCGGCGGCGGCAGAAGGCAUCACGGAGGGGCACGGACCAGCUGCUUCCAGGUCUCAUGCUCCGUCGACAAGCCGGUGGUGAUUGGCCUGGCGGCGGACUCCGGGUGCGGCAAGAGCACCUUCAUGCGCCGGCUCACCAGCGUCUUUGGUGGCGCCGCGGUGCCGCCCAAGGGCGGGAACCCGGACUCCAACACGCUCAUCAGUGACACCACCACAGUGAUCUGCCUCGACGACUACCAUUCCCUGGACAGGAACGGCAGGAAGGAGUACGGUGUGACCGCCCUCGACCCAAGGGCCAACAACUUUGAUCUCAUGUAUGAGCAGGUGAAGGCGAUCAAAGAUGGCCAGGCAGUCGAGAAGCCCAUCUACAACCAUGUCACUGGCCUCCUCGACCCGCCGGAGCUUAUCACGCCGCCAAAGAUUUUUGUCAUUGAAGGUCUGCACCCAAUGUUCGAUCAGCGUGUGAGGGACCUCUUAGAUUUCAGUAUCUACUUGGACAUCAGUGAUGAAGUUAAGUUUGCAUGGAAAAUCCAGCGGGACAUGGCAGAGCGUGGGCACAGCCUUGAAAGCAUCCAAGCCAGUAUCGAGGCCAGGAAACCAGAUUUUGAUGCUUAUAUUGAUCCGCAGAAGCAGUAUGCUGAUGCUGUGAUUGAAGUUCUGCCGACCCAGUUGAUUCCCGGUGACAAUGAAGGGAAGGUGCUUCGUGUUAAGCUCAUCAUGAAAGAAGGGGUGAAGUUCUUCAACCCAGUUUAUCUCUUUGAUGAAGGAUCGAGCAUCAGCUGGGUGCCUUGUGGAAGAAAGCUCACAUGCUCUUACCCUGGCAUCAAAUUUGCCUAUGGCCCAGACACUUACUUUGGAAAGGAGGUAUCCGUUCUGGAGAUGGAUGGGCAAUUUGACAAACUAGAUGAGCUCAUCUACGUGGAGAGCCAUCUAAGCAACCUCUCGACCAAGUUCUACGGAGAGGUGACACAGCAAAUGCUAAAGCAUGCAGACUUCCCAGGAAGCAACAACGGAACUGGUCUCUUCCAGACCAUCAUUGGGCUGAAAAUUAGGGACCUCUAUGAACAGAUUGUUGCUGAGAGGGCUGGUGUACCGGCGGAAGCAGCCAAAGUUUAAUGAUGCAUGCAUUCAGAUCUCCUAUCCUAAAACUACAGCUCUUCAAGCUCAAUGAGAACAACCACCUUCACAUCUCUUCUUGUAAUUAGUUCGGAUAUAUGGCAAGCUAGGAGGAGGUAGAAGAAAUGUCAUUGCAGAAACUCAGGAAAACCACGUGCAAUGAAAUUUCUAGAAAUCCCUCUCCUUGGAGGGCGGUCUUAUAUAAUCGCUUCUUCACUUGUUUAGACGUAUAUCUUCUUCCAUACUUCAUUGCAGAAUUGAAAGAAAUUAAAAUAAAAGUGCCUACUACUAUCAAGUGUAGGAAUUUGAAUUCA